UCCAGGUCACAGGUGCCGUGUUCGUAGCGGAAGAGAAGAUGGCUGCUGCGAGGAACGGAAAGAGCGGACUCCUGGAAAAAUGGAGAAUCGAUGAGAAGCCGGUGAAAAUCGAUAAAUGGGAUGGAGCCGCUGUGAAGAACUCUCUGGAUGACGCCGCCAAGAAGGUGCUGCUGGAGAAAUACGGUUAUGUGGAGAACUUUGGGCUGGUGGAUGGUCGUCUGUUGAUCUGUACCGUUUCCUGUCUGUUCGCCAUGCUGGCUCUGGUCUGGGACUACCUGCACCCCUUCCCUGAGUCCAGACCAGUCCUCGCCUGCUGCGUCAUCUCGUACUUCAUCAUGAUGGGCAUCCUGACGCUGUACACCUCCUACAGAGAGAAGAACAUCUUCCUGGUGUCUCUGCAGAAGGAUCCAGCUGGGAUGGAUCCAGACCACAUGUGGCAGCUGUCCUCCUCCCUCAAACGGUUCGAUGACCAGUACACUCUCAGAGUCUCCUUCUCCGAUGGAAAGUCGAAGACCUCGCGGGAAGCUGAGUUUACCAAAUCUGUGUCGGCGUUCUUCGACGAGAACGGGACGCUGGCCAUGGACCAGUUUGAGAAGUGUGUUUCUAAACUUCACGACACGCUGGCGUCGGAGAAGAAGACCAAAUAAAACCAGAACAUCUGUAAAGUCACGAGGUGGCGUUUGAUUCAGGAGGAACGUCUUUGGUUUCAUUUCAGCCUGCGGAGAGAAACUCCAUCACCUCUGAGUUUUGAAGACGACCUCAUCGUUACCUGUCAGUGCAGCUCCUGGUGAUGCGUUCAGGGUCGUUCAGAGAGCCGACUGCUGAACAGUCUGUUCCUUUGAUUUAAAUUAAACUUUACUCCUCAAAUUGUUUCUCGUCUGAGUUUUCAGCUGCGUCCUGUGGUCUUCAUCAGAGGGUUUCUCGGUUGUCAUGGUGACAUGUUGACAGUUCAGUUGUUCACCCUAACACCUGAUGACCGUGACCACCGAGCGUCCGCAGAGGAAGACCACACGUCUCAGCGUUUCCUCUGUCGUCUUCAUCAGGAGCUGCUGAUGGAUUUUCUCUCACGCUGUUGGCCAUUUUUAUGGAGAUGACCUGAAACCAAACGAAGUCCUCGACAGGAAGUAAAGCGCUUCCUGUCACGUUGUCAGCAUUCGCUCGCCUCGAAGCUUUUAGCCACAGUAACGAAGAGUUUCCUCACAGAAUGAUUAGUGACGAUAACAUCGACUCUUCUGUUGUGAAACAAGUGAAUUAAAAAACCUUUUUAUAGUUUCGCCUGACGGACACACCGUCACCGUCGUCUGUUGCUUUGAUUUUAUUUUCAUCUGUUUAUCGUUGUUCUUUUAUUUUUGCAGCUGCAGCCAUUUUCUUUUUUAUUUCUAAUGUUUUCUGUUUUGAUGCUUUUCUUUGUCACAUGAAAAUAAAGUGAACAGCUUUGGAUUUUUGGACUGUUGUUCAGAUGAACCGUCUGAAGACGUCACAGCAAAAGAAAAUAAUGAAAAUAAUGUUUAGUUGCAUUAUUUUCAUUAUCGAUCAGUCUGCUCUUUAUUUUCUCCGUCAAUGUUUGGUCUAUAAAAUGUCAAAUGACUUCUCAGAUUCUGGCUGCGUUUCUUUUAUUUUGAUGACAUUUUGGCCCAAACGUCAUCAAAGUAAAAGAAACACAGCCGGAGUGUGCGACACUUGUUUUCUACAUCAGGUGUGCUGCCUGUGAUCAGCACCUCCUUAUAAUUAUUGAUGUGUGUUACUUUUAUAUUUAAAAAAUGAGUUAUCUGAACGACGACUCGAAAUAAUGACGUUGUAUCCUGAAAAACAAACCAAACCAUCAGAUCUCAAAAUAAGACCGAACCUGUCUUGGAAAAAAAAGACCUAGCAUCUCAAAAAUAAUGACGUAGCAUCUCUAAACGUUUGUCUUUAAAUGUUUCAUCAGCCUAAAUCUUAAAGACGUUCAGUGUAACAUGAUGUAAAACAACUUAAACAUUCAGUUAUCUAAAUAAUUUUCCGUCUUCUCUGAUCGUUGCAGCUCUGGAGUCGUAUUUAUCAAGCGUCUUAGAGCGCCAUUUUAGUCUUAAGUGCUGAGAAUUUGUGAAAUUCAGUCCUGCUCUCAAACUUAAUAAUAAAAGCUAUUUAUCAACCUUCUCACGUCUAAGAAUCACUCCUGCUCCCCCAGAUAUUUGAGACCUCCGGAGGUGUCCUCAGUGGUCAGGAGCUGCCAGUAGAGGAUGGCACUGACGAGAGAGACGUGCGCGAAGGAUGUCCUGGCUUUGUUUGAUGACGAGCAGCUGAUCAAACGGUAUCGUUUGGACAAAGCGGGUAUUAUUAUUGUCACAGAUUUCAUAAGGGACGUCAUCUCAUCAGUAACGUGACGCAGCAGAGCUUUCACGGCAGAAUUAAAGGUCAUCACAAUGCUUCGAUAUCUCGCCACUGGAAAAAUGCAACAGUGUAACGCUGAUUAUUUGGAUCCAUCACAACCGUCAAUUAGCAGAAUUGUUAUGGAAACAUAUUAGGAUCAUCGCUCCAAGCGUGGACGAGAGCGUUUAUGUAAACAGGAAGAGGUACCACAGUAUCAACACGCAAGUAGUGUUUGAUGCAGACUACAACAUCUUGGAUGUGGUACCCAAGUGACCUGGGUCCACCCAUGACGCAAGGAUCCUAAAUGAAAGUGGCCUGAAGCAGCUGUUUGAGAGGCACAUUGUGCCGCCUGAUUGGUGGAUAAGGGAUAUCCCUAACGCCGCUGGCUUCUUACCUCUUAUCAGAUGGUCAGUUAACAGGUUAGUCCAACGAAAUGCCUAAUUGUUUUAAAUUUAAAAUGUUUAAUUAAGCUUAUAGAAUAUGGUUUAAUAAUAUUCUCGUCACAGGACACACACAAGCACAAGAAGUGUGGUGGAGAGAGGAACUGACCAGUGGAAGCGUUCUGCGUUCAGAAAUACGGCACUGGAGCGUGUCGCAUCAUUAUGGCAUGUGCAAUACUGCACAACAUUUGCAAGGCGCGCAAUGUCCCAGUCCCACCAGCAGAUGACGAUGAUGAUGACGAUGAGGGAGGAGAUGGAGAUGCGAGCGUCCCUAGCAACAUCCAUCCAUCUGAUAGUGUCUCUUCUUCUCUCCAGUCUGGUUUUAUUUUUGAUUCCAUGUUGGUUUCAGCUUGGUGGACUGUGGCUGCAGUAAAUAGAGCCACUCAGUUAACCGCACACCAGGUAGUUGCCUAAUUAAUGAACUGGAAAGACAAGGAAACAUUUAUUUUUGAUUCAUUGCCAGUGUACGUUAUAUGUUUUGUAUUAUUUGUAGAUUAUUGUCGAAAUAUAACCUACACUCCCGUUGUCCAUUUAACUAUUCACUGAGAUAUUUCUAUAUUCUUAGAUAAGGGAUUCCCUUCACUGAUUGGUCAUUUCUAUGGACUUGGAAGUGACGUCACCUAAAAUUCCGUUUAUGGCACAUAGUACCAUAGACAUAUAUACAUGUCUAUAUGUAUAUAUGUAUAUAUGUAUAUAUGUCCAGUGCCGUAGAAUAUAACAGAGUCGCAACAACGGAAGUCCAAAAUGCUUGUGCGUCACGUGACUCAUGUAGACCUCGGAUAGUUCCCGGAAGUUACUGGCGGGCCGUUUAAAUACAUAAUACUGAGAGACAAAAUUCCGGUUUUUGGUAAGUAGCUGUCAAUAACUACAUUGAUUUAUAAUAUACGUGUAUCACGCCAUAAACAGUUACAUCUUUAUGUUGUUUUUUAAAGUAAAAUGUGCUAAUAUUUGAGGAUUAGUGUUAGUUUACUACAGUUAGGUAAGACUCAAUUAAUCCCAACCUUGGAAAUUCACAUUACAGCAGCUCAGAGCAGAGGCAAUAGAAAAAGGAUAAAAUAUUUUUUAAAUACAAAUUAGACAUAAUGAAAAUAAUAGAAAAUCCAUAUACACCUUUCACUGAAACAGAUACUGUAUGCUCAUGAUUAAUAGCUGCACAGGAUGAGUGUAAUACAUGAUGUGUAGUAUUCUUACUGUAAAAA